AUGGGGAGAACUCCUCCGAAGCUCUUGCCUGAGUGUCAGUGGCAGGAGAUCUCUGACGUGCGCCUGUCCCUGUCACAGGACAUUCUAGACUGGAAAACCUCACGUACCUUCUUCUACUGGAGAUUAAGACGUCUGCUUCUAGAAGAUGUGGUGAAAAAGAAGAUCCACGACGCCAACCCGGAGCUGACCGAUGGGCAGAUCCAGGCGAUGCUGAGGCGCUGGUUUGUGGAAGUUGAGGGGACAGUGAAGGCGUACCUGUGGGACAGCAACAAGGACCUGGUGGAGUGGCUGGAAAAGCAGCUGACGGAAGAAGAAGGCGUUCGCUCGGUUGUGGAUGAAAACAUCAAAUACAUCUCCAGGGACUACAUCCUCAAACAGAUCCGGAGCCUGGUCCAGGCCAAUCCCGAGGUUGCCAUGGAUUCCAUCGUGCACAUGACCCAGCAUAUAUCACCCACCCAGCGAGCCGAGAUCGUGCGGAUCCUCUCCACAAUGGACUCGCCUUCUUCAACGUAA